ACCGCGGGCCGCAGACGCGAGUGGAGUGCGGUGGGGUGGGUGUCGCUAUCGCGUGUGCUCCCCGUUAGCCUAUUGUGUCUGCGCCGGUUAAGGUGGGACGUCAUCAGCAGGGUUGUUAGCAGCCUCAAGCCCAGUGGGGAGGGCCAUGCGUGGCACCGGAGGCGGCGCCGCGAUUCCCUCCGAGUGGUGAACUGUGGUGACGGAACACGCGUGCGGCGACUGCGAACGGAGCGGUCGAGCGAGGAGCCAUGGCGACCAAAAACGCAGCAGAGGAGUUCAUGGAGGGACCCCUGGCGUUAUGGAUCCGGACGUUCCAGGACGAGGGGUACCCGGAGGUGACGUACGGCGCGCUGGUGGACGGCCUCUUCCUGCAGGACGUCAUGCUGCAGAUCUACCCGGACGUGCCGCACCGGGAGAUGACACGGAGCCCCGGAGACGCCAGCGCGCGCAUCCGUAACCUCUCCACCGUGCUGAAGAACAUCAAACACUUCUAUGAGGUGGUACUCAGUCAGACGGUGGUCAGCCGCCUGCCAGACGUGGUCCGCCUGGGCUCCGAGGCCGAGGCGGCCACAGAUGAGAUGCGCAGACUGCUCCUACUAGUGCUCGGAUGUGCCGUACAGUGCAGCUGCAAACAGAAGGUGGUCGAGAACAUCAAACUGAUGGACUACGAGACGCAGCACGCCAUCGUCGAGUGCAUUCAGCAGGUGACGGACAACCCGGAGACGGUGUGGACACAGGAGUGGAGCGACCAGCAGGCAGCCUCUGCCGACGACGACCCGCACCUCCAGCUGCUGGUGGGCCACGUGCGACGACUGGUGCGGGAGAGAGACGACCUGAACAUGCGUCUGGUGGAGCUGGUGCUGCAGGAGCACCUCUCUGAGCGGGGCCCCAGCCGGCCACCGGACAGCCCCGGCCAGCCCCGGUGUCGCCAGGGCUCCGGCCAGCCGGCCACCCACCUGCAGGUCGAGCUGGCAGACUGCAAGGCCAAACUGCGCAAGGUCAAACAGGAGCUUGAGGAGAAGACGGAGCAGCUGCUGGAGCUUCGUGAGGAGCUGGAGACGAACAAGCAGACGCUGAGCAAGCUGCGAGCGGAGAACCUGGAGCUGGUGCAGGACGCCCGCGCGGCCAAGGCGUACCGGGACGAGCUGGACAUUGUUCAGGAGCGCGCCAACAAGGUGGAUAAGCUGGAGGCCGAGCUACAGCGCUACCGGGACCGGAUGAGCGACAUCGAGUUCUAUCGCUCACGGGUGGACGAGCUGCGGGAAGACAACAGGAUCCUGGUGGAGACCAAGGAGAUGCUGGAGGAACAGCUGGACACGGCCAGAAAGCGCAGCGAGCAGAUCGUCGAGCUCGAGACUGCCGUGCUCAAAUACAAACAGCAAAUUAACGAUAUUAGUCUGGAGCGCGACAUGGAUCGGGACCGGAUCCAGGAGCUGCUCGAGGAGAACGCCCGACUGCAGCUGAGCAGCAGGAACACGCUGAACGAGUCGGCCUCACUGGUGGCCGAGCUCGACAACCUGCGCAAGGACCAGAAGGACGGUUCGUCGGGCCACAGCAGCCUGUCUGACCAGCUGUCCUCGGACGCCCACGGCCGCGCGCUGCGGCUGGAGCUGGAAAACCAGCGGCUGCUGGCACUGGUCGAGACACUGCGGGAGACCAGCGCGCGCCAGACCAGCGAGAGCAUCAUCGAGCUGGAGAAGGAGAACAAGCGGCUCAGUCUAAAGGUGGAGCAGCUACAGAAGAGCUCCCAGGAGGAGGUGGCGCGUGCCGAGCAGCUGGAGCAGGAGCGGUGUCAGGGCGAACAGCAGACCAAGCGGCUGCAGCAGGUGAUCGAGACGGUCCGGGAGAACAGCGACCGCCAGCAGGCCGAGCUUCAGCGGGAGAAGCAGCAGCUGCAGGAGCUGGUGGAGACGCUGCGGGUGCGUCAGCAGCAGACCAGGGACACGCGGCUGCAGCAGGUCGAACAGGAAAACUGCGACCUCACCGUCAAAAACCAGGAGCUGAACAGCCAGCUGUCCCGACUGACUGCUCAGCAGCAGCAGCUGAGCCGGCUGACGGAGCGACUGCGCGACACCUCCGUCCGACUGGAGGAGGCCGAACAACAAAAGGCCGGCGUGGAGCGCGACAACCGACAGCUGCAGACGGCCAUCGCGUCUCUGCGUCAGACGUGUGAGCGCCAUGAGAAGCUGGAACAGGAUCACUCUAACCUGGAGACAGAGUACCAGCGGCUCACCAAGCUGGUCGAGAACAUGAAACAGCAGCUGGCAACGCUGGAGUCGGUGCGGGAGGACCACUCGAGCCUGCAGCAGGAGGCGCGCCGGCUGCAGGAGCAGGAGCGCUGCGCUGCCGAGCGACUGCAGGAGGUUCAGCAGGAGCGGGACGUGCUGCAGAGGCAGCUGCAGCAGCUGCGGGACGCCCACGUCAAGUGCGACGUGCAGCUGUCGGCACUGCACACGGAGAAACAUAAGCUGCAGAAGACCUCGGAGGCCGGGCAGCGGCGCGCACAGCAGCUGGAGGCCGAGAAUAAGGAGCUGGACACGGAGAACCAGAAGCUGCUCAAGACGGUGGAGACGCUCAAGAUGUCCACCCGGCGUCUGAACGACCUGGAGCGUGAGGGCACCGAGCUGGAGGCCGCCAACGACAUGCUGUCCCGGGAGAAGAGCUCGCUCUCCAAGGAGACGGCCCGCCUGCGCCAGGCGCUCGAGGUGAAGGACGCCAGUGUGGACGAGCUGUCGUCGCGCGUGGCCACACUGGAGCGAGAGGGGAAGAGGCUGGCGAAGGAGCUGGAGGAGAGGGACGCCCAGGCGGCCGCCCUCAAACAGCUGGAGAGUGAGAAGACCAGCCUACUGCAGGAGACGCGGGUGGACAAAAAGACGCUCUGUACCCUCCGCGAGGAGCUGGUUCAGGAGAAGAUCCGCAGCCAGCAGCUGACUGCCGAGCUGGAACAGCUGAACGGCGAGCUGCAACGGGUCGGCAUUGACAAGGACCGGCUGGCCGCCUCCGACUACAGCGCAGGGGAGAGCCGGUUCAAGGCGCUGCAGCAGAUGAUGGAGGAGGCGCUGAAGAAGAGCACAGAGGUCAAGGACCAGAAGAUCGUCCUGCUGGAGAACAAACUGAAGGAGGCGCAGGAACGGCAACAGGCGGUGCGCCAGGAGCUGUCGGCGGUCCGCCAGGAGUACCAGCAGCUGCAGCAGGAGACGGGCCAGGUGACCAGCGACAGCUCCAAACAGCUCAGCGGCGUCAAGGCGCGCCUGGCAGAGAUGGAGCGGCGCAACAACAACCUGGCCACCGAGCGGGACAGCCUCAGCAGCGAGAAGGAGUCGCUGACGGAUCAGCUGGAGCAGCUGCGUGCCGCGCUGGCCAGCGUGCAGUCGCAGCUCUCCCAGCUGACGCAGCACAACGUGAACCUGCAGUCGGAGCUGGCCAAACUGCAGGUGGAACACACGACCGUGCAGAGUCAGGCGGCCUCGCUGACGGCGCAGAUCACCGGGCUGCGCACACAGGCGGCCGCCGCCCAGCAGGAGAAGGACCAGCUGAGCCGUACCCAGGAGGAGGCGCGCGCCUCCCAGGAGCAGCUGAUCACCGACCACGAGACCCUGCAGCGACUGCACGAGCAGCUGACCGUCGAGUAUGACCAGCUGAAACGCGAGCAGGCGCAGCUCAAGAGCGCCAACAAGACGGUCAAACACGAGUUCCGACAGCUGCAGGAGCGUUAUGAGGCGGCUACCAGCGGUCAGGAUGACCUAGUCAGGAUUAAGGAGACUCUGGAGGAGGAACGGGAGAGUCUGAGGACCGACACCCGCUCCCUACAGAACCUGCGAGAGGAACACUCCAGGCUCAAGGACGAUUUCCGCAGUCUGUUCACGGCCAACGAGAAGCUGAAGACCGAGUACAAGUCGCUGCAGUCGGACUACAAGUCGCUCAAGUCUGAGAACAACUCGCUGAAGCUGAAGCAGACAGAGGUCAGCGGCCAGAUGUGCGACAACCGGGACCACAUCAACGGCCUGGAGGUGGAAAUCUCCAAACUCUCCAACCGAUGUGAGGUGCUGACACAGUUGAACACGGCACUGGAGGAGGACCGCCGCUCCCUUAUGGGCCAGGUGACGGUGCUGCUCACCCAGUACCAUGACCUGCUGUCCGCCACACUCGAGGAGAAGGACCACUUCCACGAGGAGGAGCGCAGCCUGGCCGACAAGCUCAACAACCUCCGACGGCAGAAGGAGAAACUCGAGGAGAAAAUCAUGGAGCAGUAUCGGCGGAUGGACAACUACACGCCGAAAAAGCGCGGUUUCGGGGCCAACCUGGUUCGGCGAGUGAAGCGCGCCGGUACGGACCUCAUCAGCCGGGUGCCGCGCACGGCCCGCUCUCGGUCCCGCUCGCGACUCGAUGACGUCACUGACAGUCCGGACUCGGCUAGUCUGGGCAGCGGCAGCGGCGGAAACGACAGCGUUGACAGCGGGCCCGACUCGCUGCGGAAGUCGCCUCAGCAGGAGGAGGAGGCGGCUGACGAGCGGUGCUCCGAGCGGCCCUCCUCCCGCCGCUCUCUGGGCGGGGGCGGCGGCGGCGGCGGCCGGCCGCUCUCCCUGGCAGAGGACCGGCGCCGCUACCGGUCCUCCGUCUCCAUCGACGAGACGGCGCUGCUGCGGUCCACCGACCCCGGCGGCGACCGGCGUGCAAACGGGAAGCUGAGCCACCGGCUCAGUUUGGGCCCGGGUAUGGGUCGAACGCGCCGUGCUAUGUACUACAACGACGAGGACGAUACGAUACCCACACGGGACGUGGGCCUCAGUCAGCCCAACGGCCUGCCGGCGUGCCGCUCGGAGGUUCUGAUCCGGCCAUCGAUGGGCUCCAUCUCCAGCAUACACUCGGCCGACAUCGUGUCACUGAAGACCUCGCCCGCGCCCGCCAACGGAGGAUGCUUCCAGAGUCUGGUGAAUAUCAGCACGAGCCCGGCGCCGGGCGUGGGCGGCUCCACCGAGCACUGCACCACCAUCUCGAUCGCGGGCGACAGCGCGUCCAGCACCAGCACCGACACCGGCACCAUCACCAUCAACGGCCAGUCGCCGGCGCCGCCGCCCAAGCUGCCGGCCAGAUCCGCCGCCGGCACACCGGACGUCAGGACGCCGCCGCUGCCGGCCAAGUCACUAGCGCUGCGCCGGCCGCAGCUGACCGAGUGUGACUCGCCGAGCUCCAGUCAGAGCGCCUCGCCGCCGCCCAGCCAGCCGGGCUCGCUGCCCUACUCGGCCAGUCCGGUGCCGCCCUCGGCCGGCGCGCGCAGCAUGCCGGCCACACCCCUGCAGCGGCGGCGGCCGACCGUGCCUCCGCGCCAGGCGCCGCCGCCGCCCGCGGCCGACGACGGUGUCAGUCAGAAGGAGCGCGCCGCCGCCGCCGCGCUCUGGUACGAGUAUGGGUGCGUGUAGGUAGGGGUGCGUGUACACACACACACGGCCGCGCUCGGUGCUACAGACCGCAGCUGAAUCAGCUGUCGCGGCGGAGUGGUGAUCGACUCGCGCUCGAGCGCCGGCCUCGUUGUGUCAGAGUCGCCGCUGAAUCGGUUUGCGAGUCGCGUGAGUGAAACGAAUGGCAGCUUGUGGCAUUUCUUCAUUUAUGUAGGUAUUGCAUUAUGUAACGCACAUUUAUAUGAAUAAGACAAUCAUGAGCGCAUCGGUCGUGUGUUAUUAUUUAUGUUUGCCGUAUGUGUACCUAUGUCGGUAGCAGAGUGGGAAAUUAUUGUUUUAUCUUCCUGAUCUCGAUGUGUGCGGCUCUCCUGCGGGUGACGGCAGAGGUAUUGCGUGCGGCGCCGGAGUGGAUCGGCCGUGAGGCGCGUGUUGAGGGCGGGCCGAGCGCCCCCGGUAAUCUUCCAGACCACCGGACACUGCCAACUGCCGUGACUCCUAUCGGGGCCGGGCCUGUCCGUGCCCCGCGUCUGCCGGCGCGUUAGUCAGUAUCUGCUUGUCUGUCCGUCUGUCUGUCCGUCUGUUUGUCUCCCUAGCCUCUCCUCUUUUCCCUAUAUCUCUGUCCGUCUCCGCCGGUCGGAGCUGGCUGGCUGUUUGGCCCUCGCCCGUUAGCUGGUAGUAGGGCCGCGCUGGCUGUCUGCUCCCGUAUGCUUACUCUAGCCUCCCGCCCAGUCCUGUCACCGUUGAAGCGAUGUGAUAUCUGUUGUAGUCAGGAGGCGUUGCGCUGUAGAGUACACCUGAAUGUGACCGUGCCGUGUCGCUUUGUCUCGAAAUAUAUGGAAGUUAUGAC